CUAAGCGGCAGUGUUCCCUGCGCUGUUUUUGCGGCGAGUCCUCAUCUCUUGGAUUGCAGGACACAAUCCAUCUCUUCGGAUGUAGGUAACGGUAGAGUAGAAGUCGUCCAACCACCUUACAGCAUACGGGGAUCUUGCAUCUGUAGAUGAUUCAUCCUGAAUGGAGUCAUCGUCGUUCACUGGUGAUUGAGGUCUUCUUGCGGGACGGCUGGGUGCGGCAUCAGAGCUAGCAGUGCUACGGGUGGAUCGUGUGCUCUGGUCAUCCCAACUGGCACCAUUAACCGAAGAUGCAUCGGUUGCCCACCGAUCGAAUACAGGGCAUGAACAUGCGCUGAGUUCAUCAUCGUCGUCUCCGUCGCUAUCACUGUUGUAGCGAAUAGACAUGUCAGGCAUUGAGCUGGCGCUUGAUUCUCCCCAACGAUCCAUUGGUGCGAUGCUUUGAGAUCCAUCCAUAACCCAUGUGGCGUUGUCUUCUUGGUCGCUGUCAGAAGAGUCGCUACAGGAAUCCCAGCACUUCAAAGACCGGUCGCUGGGGUAUCGCUGUUGCAUGCUUUCGAGACGACGCUUCCAAAGAGAUUUCUGGGCCCACACGACAUGGUACUCGCUACUGGGAUCCAAAGGAGAACGAAAGGUUAGCAGUGGCUGGUUGGUAUUUGCAGCUUCUUCUUCUUUCAUGUUCAUCGUUUCUCAACAAGAAAAGAGGGGAGAAAUUUUAUGUGAAUAAUAAAUGAACAACCCCGGCACUUUCUUCACCUGUUGCUGUUCCACAUCAUUCGCCACUAUGGAAAGCUAGAUAGUACUGGUAGCUGCAGCAACAGGAAGACAUUUGAUCACAACCACAUCACGCAUCAUUUGUCCAGGAUGACACUGGUGAUGUUUCGCUGGGUAAAACCAAUGCCGUUUUGCCUCACCUUCUUGGUACAGUACCGGAGCUUUCCGUAUUAGGGAUGGAGGUUGAAUGAUUGACUGGCGUGCAGGAGUUCCCAUCGGAUCAAACUUCUGGAUCCACUCCACGCUUUCAAUUGGAACCCCAAGCCUCUGCGCAACAAGCGAAGCGUCCGCUGUUUGAAAAUACAAGAUCCAAGGUCGGAUCGCUUUCGAUCCAGAGCCGAGCCCCAUCCGUUUGCUGGGGGUCGUUCAGGUCACAAAAAAGGAUUCUAAAGAAGCAGAACGCAAUCCCACGACCACUUGAAGAAAAAGGAAAUUGAAAAAGCCAUGAAACUUUCGUUGUGUAUUCUUCUUCCCGUCAGCAUUGCGCUGGUGGGAGGAUUUGUCCCCCGCCCAAAUGCAGCGAGAGCAAAGGUUUCGCUCAACGCAGGAACCAAUGCCGAUGUGAUGAUGCCCCUCCGAAAGGGAUCUACCUGUGCCCUCAUCACGCCCUUUACUGAAUGGGGAAGAAUUGAUAUCCCAAAUCUAGAAAAGUUGAUUCAGUGGCACUUGGAUGGAGGAACGGACAACCUGUGCAUUUUGGGAACCACGGCAGAAGCUGCCGUCAUGGACAUGGAAGACCGCGCCGUUGUCCUGAAUACGGUCGUCAAGCAUUGCAAGGGGAGAAUCCCGCUCUUGGUUGGCACUGGUACCAUCAACCCUGAAUCAGUCAAGGAAAUGACGCAGCAAGCAAUAGACAUGGGGGCUGACGCAAACUUGCUGGUUACUCCCUACUAUGUCAAACCACCCAUGAGAGGUAUCAUCAAACACUUUACCAAGGUGGCCAACAUGGGCUUGCCCGUCAUCAUGUACAAUGUUCCAGGACGAACUGCCUGUAGUAUGACGGAUGAAACCAUUGCAACUCUGGCGGGACAUGAAAACAUUGUUGGCAUCAAGGACGCGACGGGGGACUUGUCUCGUCUUCAUUCUGUCAAGGCGGCAAUAAGAGCCGAGGGACUCGAUGCCGACAAAUUUCUCUCUUACAGUGGUGACGACGGGACUACAAAAGACUUUCUCCUGCAGGGCGGUGAUGGAUGCAUAUCGGUGACGGCAAACAUUGUGCCGCACAUGAUGACCGAGAUGGUUUGGGCCGCACUCGAUGGCGAUGUCAAGGAAGCUAAUACGCUGAACGAUCGUCUGGCGGACUUGCACAAGGCUUUGUUUGUGGAAAGCAACCCGAUUGCUUGCAAAUGGGCUGCCAAGCGCAUUGGGCUCAUUGACUCGGACUACUGCAAGCCACCUCUUGAUGCCAUGGAAGAGCGUUUUGAGCCAGUGGUGGAUGCAGCGCUGAAAUCAGCCGGUUUCUUGGGUGUCUCGCAUCUACACCACAAGGUAACAACACACGAUGACACAACGUUGCCGAUGCACGAAAGGGUCCCAUUCCUCUAAGGAUCACAGGAGAACUGAAUGCAUGCAUUCAUAAAAGAGGCCGACACGGUAUAGUCACGUUCAGAGCUAACGACCAUAAUUGAUGGUGACUACAGAAUGAUUCAAUCUAAUAAUAAAUGAUACAGUUUU